CGCGUGAGAGUAGGAGGGCGCGCCUUCCUCGCCUGCCGCUGGCCUCGCUUGCCGGCCGCGGAUUGGAACUUCCGCGCUCGCGGGGUUCGGAAACGUCACAAUGGCUCAGAACGUCCAAAGCGUCACCCUCGCGCUCACGCUGCCCAUCACUUGCCACAUUUGCCUGGGGAAGGUCCGCCACCCGGUCAUCUGUGCCAACCACCACGUCUUCUGUUCCAUUUGCAUCGAGGUGUGGUUGAAGAACAAUAGCCAGUGCCCUGCCUGUCGGAUCCCCAUCACACCUGAAAAUCCUUGCAAGGAAGUCAUAGGAGGAACCAGUGAAAGUAACCCCGCGUUUACCCCUGCGGUCCGAAAACAGCUGCGCAAAACCCGGCUCGAGCUCCUUCACAAAGAAUAUGAGGAUGAGAUAGAAACAUUGCAGAAAGAGCUGGAGGAGCUGACAAUCAAAAACUUGAGCUUGGAGUCCCAGCUGAGAUCCAUUUUGCAUCCUGCAACUCCGGACGUUUCUGACAAAGAUCAGGAGGGUCCUCUUCUCUCGGAGGAUGGGAACAAAGCUGCCGCUGAGACUUUGGCAACGUUGACCCAGAAGCUUCAGGCUGCGAAUGAGAUGUAUGAGAAAGCGAACGAUGACUUGGAAAAGUUAACAGAGGUAAACAAGAAACUGAGGUUUGAAAACAGCGGCCUUGCGAGGGAGAACUUGCGGCUGAAGGCUGAGGUUGGAAGUCGAUCGCCCCAGAAGUUUGGACGGUUCACCGUAGCAGCACUUCAGUCGAAGCUUGAUCAAUGCGAGAGGGAGACCAACCGUCUGAAAAAGGCUUUGGAGAGGAGCGACAAAUACAUAGAAGAGCUGGAGUCGCAGGUGCUGCCCCAGAAACGGGAAUACGAACCUAUGAAAGAGGAAACUUCCGAAAGUGACGUGGCUGUUCCAAUGGAGGAGAAGCAAAGCGGAACCAUGCCUAAUGAGAACGUCCUACUGAAAAACCCAGAAGAGCACCUGGAUCAGAACUGUUUGAGCACAGCUCACUGCCCUGAUGACGAUCAACCUGGUAGCGGCCUGUUGGGUAGCAGUAAUGAUGUCUGCUUAAAUUCAGCCAGUCAGGGUUGUUCGGAUGAGUCCGUUGCCCAGUGCUCAGCCGGAAGGGAUGUUUUCACUGACUCUCAGGAGGUUCUCUUGGAUAUAGCCAGUGCCGAUAUGGACACUUGCCCGGAACAAACGUGGGACAAAAUUGAGGACUGUGUGCCAUAUAAAGACGAGCUUUACGAACUUCCUGAUCCAUGUACGCCAUUAUCUCUCAGUUGCCUCCAGCUGAACACUCCUGGCAGUAAGGACGACCUGCCUGCAAAAGAAGAGAGUCCAAGGGAGCCAUCAAGUUUUCUGAGAAAAUUGGAAUUUGAGGAUUUUGGGGAUGCGUUGGACGAUGCGAACAAGGACUCCCCGGAGCAUAGCGCUAGCAGUUGUGAGAGCAGCGACAGCAAAGGUGCUUGUUUUACCUCUGAUAAGCCCGUUUUUUGGAACCGAUGCCCGACGCACUAUGACGAGAACUUGGACUUUGAAGGUUCAGAGCCCUCUGCCGCCACUAGCGAUUCCGGAGAGUCCUCGGCAAAAUCCAGCGAAAAAUCACACCACAUAAAUGUGCCUAAGAAACUGCAUUCUGUCCGCUCCUCCGAAAUGAACCGCACCAGGACAUCCAGUGAGACAUCCAUGGAUGCUGCUUAUCUGGACAAAAUCUCUGAGCUGGAUUCCAUGAUGUCCGAAUCAGACAACAGCAAAAGCCCUUAUUAUGUUUCCAAGUCGUCUUCGGAGCUGGAGAACUCCUGCAAGGCCACCCAGUGUCCUGAUCUUUUGAAUGAAAAGGAGAAAACCAUGAAGGAAAGGAAUGAACAGAACGCUCUGAAAUGUCCUCUCGCCGAUGAUAAUUCACCAGAGGGAAAUGAAUGGAAAUCUGCUACUUUUUCAAUCCUUUCCCCUUCUGCUGUAGACAUAAUGGAGCCUUUCCCUCUGUUUGGUGGACGGACUUCAGAAACGACUGAGAUAAAACCUCAGAGCUUUUUAUUCCAAAGAGAGCUCUCCCCCAGUUUUUUGUUUAGCAACUCUGGAGGGUCAUUUGAAGAACAAAAGCUGGGGUCCUCUCUUUUUAAGGUGGCUCCUGAGCUGCAGAACCUCCAUAACCAGUUGCAGUCUCCUUGGUCCUCUUCCUUUGUACCCGACAGGAAAGCCAAAAGUCUUCAAACGUCAACAAAAAGAAAAAUUCAGAGUAGCUUGUCUAGUGCGAGCCCGUCAAAAACCACCAAGAACUGACUCUUUAUUUCUUAAAACCAGGUUGAGUGCCAAUAUUAAAUGUCUUGAGAGUAAUUUUGUUUUCACAGACGGUUCUCUUCAUUUGUAGAUGCCCCCUAUGAUCUCUGCUUGUCCGCUUCUUACAUACUGAGUGAUGGAGUUUGGAUGUUCCCUGUUCUGAGUGCCAAGUUGUGUUUGUGAAAUCUAAGCAGAGCCUCCCUCUCGAUAGAUGUCUUCAGUUUAGAUACCUAGAGAUUGGUGUAUUGUGUUUUUUUGUUUUGCUUUUAGUGUUGGGUUAUAUGACGUCUUCAGUCCUUUUUGAGGAGCCGUUCAGAGUCCAGGGUUACUGAAUGCAAUGGAUCUUCAAAAUGGGUUUCUCAUUGAUUCAGCUCUUGAUCUCAUUGAGAAGCCGGUGUGAUAACAUCUUAGCUGUGCUUUCUGUCCCUGUCGGGGAGAACAUGGUGGCAGCUAUUCCGGAGCUUGGCUUCUCUCCGAACUCCCCUUUCAGAAUAAAAUGUUUGCCUGUUCAUACCCGCAUGACACCCUGUGUCUCGCCACAUCAGUACCUUCGGUGUGUAGCUGUUAGAAUUGUUUUAUCCUCCUGGCAAAUGUUCAGUUGGGAGGGGAAAGGUGUCUUCUUGCUUAAGACUGAGAACCCAGUUAUUUUUUUAAAUUAAACACUGCUUUUAACUGAAACAAAAAAAAACAAAAAAAAAUUACAUACACAUCCUUCUCUCGUAUAAGACCGUGUCGUUCGUGCCUACAUAGUUCAUAAAAAUGGGUUGGUAUGCUAAUAGCUUGUUUACUGAAUGUACACCAAACAUUUUACAUGAAUACUGUACUGUUUUACAUUAAUACUGCAUGCUUUUCUAUGUGGAAUGAAUAAAAAAGUCACAAGCA